GAAACAACCAAUACACUUUUGGGAAUCAUCUUUGCUCUUGUGGCUUUCAUCUGUGUUCUCGAGUUUUUCGUCAUUCCAUCCCAAGAUCACCUGUCUACUAACCUGAGAUUCUUAGUUUCUGGAGCAUGUCUACUCACCUGGGCUUCUACACUCAGCAGAUCAUUUGCAUUCUACUUUAUAUGUUCCCAUUUAUAUGGUCUGUUCAUGGCUAGCUUUCUUCUUUUCUAUCAGGUAGUGAAGCGACUACCAAAGAAAUUGAGCUCUUCUGCAGUGUUCCUGUACUCAACCCUGAUUGGUCUUACUGUUGUCAGUCUUCCCUACAUACCCGGUUGGUUUGAAGUUAUCCGAGAAACAUAUGCAAUUACACGCAAAUUUAGGAAUGUUGGCGAGCUGGCUAUGGUGAUUAAUAUACGAUUCUUUGAAACACAGUUUGGAUUGAUUGCUAUCAAUUCAGAGCUCCUCUUGGCUUACGAUGGGUCUAUUGACAUAGGCAUAUCUCGUGUCAUGUCUUGGUUCAUUCGGAUUUGGGCUACGGUUUUGAUUAUUCAGAGCUCAGAAGAUACUCGCCUUGCUGUAGGAGCGUUGGUAUGUGUACUUGUUGUCUCACCUUUACUGAGGAUGAUCACCAGAUUAAUUUUCCCAGAUCGCGGGACUCUGAUGGCCAAACUACUAAUCAUGAGGGAUGCAAUUAGAGAUGCUGUAGGACCAUUUGUCUGGUGUUUAAUCAUCGUACAGAUUUACUCUCAUAGAUUAAAGGAGGGAUUUGUAAGAAGCUAUGGAAAAUCGGUACGAAAGAAGAUGAAGAUGAAGAUGAAGAAGAGACUAGAAACAUCUGUUACUGUUGGUGAAAGUCAUACUCUUGUCUCGCAUUUUCCUACUCCCCCUAGGAUCAAAUUCUCCAGUGGCAAGGGGCCAGGACCUGAUGCACGUGUAGUCUACAUAGCUGGUGCGUUUGAUCUUUUCCAUGCUGGCCAUGUUGAGAUUCUCAGGCGUGCUAGAGAGCUUGGCGACUUUCUUCUUGUUGGAAUACAUAAUGACCAGACCGUGAGUGCUAAAAGAGGAGGGCACCCCCCAAUCAUGAGUAUGCAGGAAAGGAGCUUAAGUGUUGGGGCAUGCCGCUAUGUAGAUGAGGUGAUAUUUGGUGCUCCAUGGGAAGUGUCAAAAAAUACGAUCACGAUCUUUGGCAUAUCAUUGGUGGUUCAUGGGACAGUAGCCGAGAGCGACAAUUUUCAAAGGAAGGAAGAGAAUCCGUAUGCAGUACCAAUUAGCAUGGGCAUAUUCCAAAUCCUAGAAAGCCCUCUUGAUAUCACAACUUCCACCAUAAUGGGGAGGAUUGUAGCGAACCAUGAAGCUUAUCAGAAACGUAAUUUGAAAAAGGAAGCUAGUGAUGACGAGCAGAUGGAAAAGGAAGCUAGUGAUGACAAGCAGGCUUUGCGACGGGGGACUGACAGGGCCGGCUCAUUGGGGGGGGGGGACAAGCUGUGCGACCGCCACGGGCCCAAUUAAGCAUGUGUCCCCUAUUUGAAACGCAAGAGAAGUUGAUCAUCGUCGGAACCAUUCACAACAAGCCCAAACCAGACCAUAUUUUGAAUGAUGAGAUCUAACAAAAAGAUCUCUUCUUUCUUCGUUAUAAUUAAGGCCCACAUGCUACGUCUUGGUAACGCUUCUCUAGCUUCAGCUUCCCACUCCGGUCAGAUUCAGCGAGGUGGAGCUUGUACUCCCGACGGAUAUCCAGAAGAUGGCCUCGUAUGUUUUCAACAACAACUACUUGAAGAAUGGACUCGCUGACGAGGCUUGUAGUUUCAACAACAACGCUGCUCUCACUUCCAUCAAUCCCAGUCAAGGAACUUGUAGAUACCAUUCAAGUAAGAGAGUGAUCAGCAAUGGUCGAGUUGUGGAUGACAACUUCAAUGGGUGCAGAACAAGCAGAUAUGAGCCGUGGCUGACGGGUUUCCAGCAGAUAUGAGCCGUGGCUGACGGGUUUCCAGCAGCUGUAUCUUGUUGGUCUUUUCACAAACUCAGAACCAAGAAGAGGUCAAUUGUUAACUAGCUUCUUUGUGACUUGCUCAAAGCAUCCCAUUGCACAAAUUUCUUAACAAACAAGGAUUAGAGAGACUUGAAGCAGUAAGCAUGUUUGUUUUCUUGAUAAGUGGUUUUGCAGGUUACCUUGUUCUGUUGCAGGUAUCGCUUUGUACCGCCAUGGCGCUAGGCGCUAAGCUCCCACCUCCUCGCUUCUUGUCGCCACCCGCAAUUUCGAACCAAGGUUCAAAUUGAUGAUUACGAUCUAGAGGAAAGCGGGAAGAAACUAAACGCGUUCGAGUUGAUCGCGUCGUCGUCCACCGCGAAUCUCGCAGGUUUGUUCGGGAAUUUUGUGACGCCGGAUCAUUGCGAUCAGUUCGUCUCCGACGAGAGCCCGGCGGAGAUUAUGCGUAAGGUUGUGGAGGUUGCUAGGCAGUUGAAUCUGAGGAUUGCGAAGAAGAAGGAGAGAGCGGUGAAGCUGAAAGGGUCGCAGGGAGUGGCGAACAUCGUUGUGAAGAUUCGCAGAUUAACGGAUGAGUUGGUGAUGAAGAACAAGCAAAGAGACGUGGGCUUAGCUUGGGCCGAUGAGCUCAGGCGAAAGCUACGUCGUAUCAUUAACCAACCGGUUAAUUGGGGUCCGUAAAAUUGUUUCAACACUAAAACCAAUUUUAUUCGGAAUUUUCAAAUGAACAAUACAACCGGUUUAAUUGAGGAUUCGAGAAGCACUAUAGUGAACCAGUUCGGCUUACAGUGGAGCAGAGAGAGUAAUGGGAAGAUUGGCCUCUCUGUAUAUAAAAAUCAAGAAAAAAGAAAAAAAUUGAAGAAUACUAACCGGAAUUCCAUUUUUUUGUUUCUCUUUUCUUUACAGAGUAUACUUUUAACAUGAUACAAAAUUAUUUGCUACAUUUCUUUGGAGAGAAUUUUAAUAAGACUGAUAUUUACGUGUAUGUGUGAUCUAUGUGUGUUUUGCAAACUUGUGCUUUUGUUUUUGGUAAUGAACAUGCCAACCGUUUGUAAUGUUUAAGAUUCUGAUAAUCUGAUUUAUAUUUUUUGAUUAUAUUUGGGAAUCGGAAGAA